GUUACUUUCGCCUGUUAUGCCUGAAACUCGCAACUUAGUCGCAAAGAAGCAUUUUCUUGACCCAGUAGCACAUAUUUGACUAGCCUUCCGACCUAAGACCUUCGGACGGUGCCGCGUCUUCCAGCAAGUUACGUAAACGUUCAUUGUGUUAGGUCUUAUCUUGUUGUUUGGUUAAAUACUGGGUCUGACACCACAAGGGAUAGGGUCACAUUACACAUCACUGCACCAGUUAGCCAGGAGGACAGGACCAACAUGUCCUCGGCGUAUCAAAAGGCGAUUAGCAUCCCACCUGCAUUCCCAGCUAUCUUGAAAGCUUUUACUCGUGAAAUUCUUCGGGCACAGCCAGCAAAUAUAUAUGAGUUUGGUGCACGCUACUUCGCGGGCCUUCAAGGGCAAGGCGAGCCGGAGGGACUGGCACGCGGCAAUGCCGAACCCGCCAGCACGUUAAAAGCCAAAGGUUCCGUCGAUGUCGAGGAGACAGCUGUUAUGUAUGACAUCGCAUCGCUCAGCCCCGCGGAGUUGGAGCCCAUCCUGAUGAAGCUCUUCAUUGAGGCUGACGCGGACCGAAGCGGCUUCUUGGACCGACACGAAUUUACGUCCGUGCUGCGCAAUGCGAACCUAAAGCUAACAGACAGGCAGAUCCGCCAGGUGCUGGCGGAGGCGGACGAGAACGAGGAUGACGUCAUCCAGUACAAGGAGUUCCUGCCCGUCAUGGUGGACAUACUGCAGGGAAUCAAGGCCAAGGAGCAGGCCAAGGCCAUGAUGCACGGCGUGGAGACCAUGGUUCGAUCCGAGGUGGAGACCAUGCUGCUGCACGGCCUGCCGCAGGAGGAGCUGCAGGCGCUGAUGCUCAAGGUCUUCAAGCGUGCCGAUGCGGACGGCAGCGGCCAACUCAACAGGCAUGAGUUCAAGGAGGCGCUCAAGGCUGCGGAGCUGGGCCUGACGCGCAAGGACAUCAACCUCAUCCUCUCGCACAUCGAUGUGGACCGAGAUGGGCUGGUGUCGUACGAGGAGUUCAUCCCCGUGUGCUUCCAGGUUCUGGUUGAGCGGUUCAAGGACGAGAUCGUGGCCAACGACAUCCUGGGCAACACCGACGAGCUGCAGCAGAUGCUGCUGGGCGCGUUCCGGCAGGCGGACCCGGACAACACGGGGCUGCUGGCACAGCGGCAGGUCAAGGCCAUCCUGAAGGAGCUGUCCUUCCAGGCGCUGGGACUGACCACCCUGCAGACGGUGAGCCUGCUCAGCCAGGCUCCCACCACACCCGAGGGGCUGGUGCAGUACAUCCCCUUCGUGCCCCAGGCGGCCGCCAUCAUCCGCUCGCUCAACGACGUGGGCUCCAUGAAGAGCCGCAUGAAGGCCAUCAAGGCGGUGGCGGCGGCGGGCGGAAUACAGGCUCUGGGUGCUCUGGACCUGGACCAGCUGCGUUCGCUGCUGGCUGCCGCCUUCCGCGAGGCGGACCCCGAGGGCAGCGGCCAGCUGAGCGAGCCGCAGGUGGUGCAGGUGCUGGAGUCGCUGGGCAGCCUGGCGCCGGACGCGAACAUCCAGCUGUCGGAGCAACACAUGAAGGCCAUGUUCGCCGCCAUCGACGCCGACGAGAGCGGCACGGUGGACUGGACGGAGCUGGUCAACUUCCUGUGUGAUGCGCUGGAGCACGUGGAGCGGGAGGCGUACAUCGCGAACAUGGGCGGAGCGGGGGAGGAGCAGUGAGGCGGGGGGCCGGGGAGGAGCCGUGAGGGGGAGGGGGCUGUAAAGGUGGGGGGGGGGAAGGAGCCGUGAGGGGGGGUUGGGUAAACUGAGCCGCGGAAACACUGACCCUAACCUUAGUACACCGGAGGAUGAUGGCGUCCCAGAUGAGGGGGGAGGGCAGCUGGCGUGCGAUGUAGUAGGUGUAAACACAGGCGCUUAAACACAGGCGCGGGGCGAGGGUUGGGGUGUGUAGGUGGAUAUUGGUGUGCAAGGGGCAUGGAGGCGGCAGCAGCAGCUGGGAAGCAGCUGGGGUGUAGAGUGGGACGCUGGUCGUGCGUUUCAACCAAGACACAGGUGACAGUGUGGGGUUAUGUGAUUGCAUAGGGGGAGCCGACGUGAUUGUGCCUCCGGCUGGGUGGUAUCUGGUAUGGCAUGUUGGUCAGCAUGCGAACAAACGAAUGAGCAAGGGGGUGGGGGUGCGGGAGUUUCCCGCCACCCAGCAUUGGGCGCACAAUGCCCCAGCAUUGAGAGCGACAUUGUGUUAUUGGGUGGAUGUUGGACGCACAGGGGGGUAUAUCACCCCAAGGGAUGCGCGACCCGCUGUACAGGUACCGGCUACGGUGCGUGUCUGUUAAUAGAAUUCCCCGCGAGUAGGAACAUGCUGUGAUUGCGGUAUGCAUACGAUGCGGUCGAUGACUACUGCUCCUAUCUGUGGUGGUUGGUCACCCCCUAGCCUGCGGUAUUAUUCCACAAGUGGGCGACUAUGUCGCUGCAACGCCUCAUGGGGCAGCAGCAGCAGCAGCUAAUAGGGGUGCUGGCGGCCCCGCUCCGCAAGGGAGCCUGCACCGAGCCUGACGCCCCGCUGAGUGCAAAAGAGGUGGCAUCCUGGUCAGGAAGCGCAUGUGCGGUGCGGUACUGGCGGAGCCGGAGGCGGGGGGACACGUGCCAGCAUCGCAUUCCACAAAGCACAGUAAGCACAC